AUGAACGGUCCCCCCUAUGAUGCCCCGCCCUGGACCGACUCGCCACUUGAGAACGAUGCCUCAAAGCUCAACUUCAGCUCUUCUGUCGCACCGCUGACUUCCUCCGUCAGCCUUGCCGUUCAUCACCCGUCGCUCGAGAAAGAGGAAGGCUCUCACCCGAGCCCAGUGGAACAUGGACCUGUGCUUGAUUCGGAACCCGAGUCUACGUGGGUGUCGCAACAAAAUACUUUACAGCCGCCAGGCGGGUUUCAAUGGCCAGAGGGCGAUGGUGACUCGAAUUUCAAGCCAACCUCGCCCUUCCGCCUUUCCUUCGGGGGAAAGGUCUACGCAAUUUGCAAACAGCCACUGAAACGUUCGCCAACUGCGGGCCCGGGCACGAACCAUUUCCGAAUGAUGCCUUCUCCCGAAGAUUUGCCGCCAGACAAAUCGUUUGUGCCGCCGAGAGAUAUCAGAUCGGAGAAUGCAAUGGUUCGUCGAACAGCGGAGCGUGAUGUUCCUAUGGACAAUACCCAUCACAAAUCCGGCAAGGCGAUGCUACAUCUUCUCAAUCCGAUGUCUCUACUAGCCCGUCGGCGAUCCGCUCAGAUGAGCAACAAUCGAACGGAUGAGGUGAAGCAUAAAUCUUCUAACCUGGUUCCUGCCAUCCCGGACGACUAUGAUCCCCGAAUUCGUGGAAGCAUUGUGCAUGACUUCUCAGCCCCACGACCUCGCCGAAACGUAUCAGGCACCCCGAGUGGCCCGCCUGAUGGGGCGAGUUAUAGCACACAGGAUGCAUCACCAGCGCAACCCACACUUCAGAGCCCAGCGAGUCGACUCAGUGAUCAAACGAGAAAGUAUAGCGAUUACUCUCCCGUUUUCAAGGAGCACUUCGAGGACGACCAGAAUGUGCUGCAGGUUGAGAAUAAAGGCUAUCUCCAGUCGAGCCUUUUGACACAUCAAACCCAAUCCGGGCAUGAACAGUCUUUGCCCCCGUUUGCUAGAAACUUGCCCUAUCGACUACCCAAUCAAAGUCCCGAGAACGUUGAGUCAAGCGUUUCUCCGCCGAUCGAGCUCCCUGCCGAACACAUCGCAGAGCUAUAUGGAGAUAUCCCAGAAUACCCGCCAAAGACGAGCUCACCACCCCCACAACAGGACGAGGAUGUUAUACCAAUUGUACCCCGGCCUUCUUCAUCUGGGUUGCCCAAACAUCUCAAGAGCAAUGCAUCACGUUUCAGCUUUGACAUGGGAGGAGUGGAGUCUUCUACCCAGGAAAAGCUCCUCGAAGAAAAACACAAAGCAAAGGAGGCCGAGCGCAAAAUGGAAGAUGGGUACUUUGAUGAUUUUGAUGAAGACUUCGAUCAAGACAUGAUGGACGACAUUGAUGGCUUGGAAGAAAGAAUUCCUGGCGUCAAUGCAGACGCUGAUGAAGAUUACUUCUCUGCCCCCUCAAUGGCCGAAAUCAAGUCUUGGACUGUUCCAGGGUUAUCACCUGUGGUCGCAAGCCCAAUUACCCCUGCGCCUCCUGUACUGCCACCUACAUCCAUACCGCCAGAAGACCAGAAGACCUCAUCGCCCGAUUCAGAUGAAGUCGAACAACCCAGAGAAGAUGAUAUUCCACGGCCACUUGAGUUACGUCGGUCGUCGGGUAUUGGCAUGGGUCCUCCGGAGCAAGGCAAUCAAGUUAUUGACGAAGAUGAUGAUGAUUUGUACUUUGACGAUGGUGAAUUUGGAGAUCUGGAUAGUGACAACCAAGAUGGAGGGUUUGAUGAGUCUAUCUUCGAUGAUGAGACCAGCCAUCUCUAUGAACGAAAGCCAAAUCCCGAUCCCAGCAGCGAUGCUCUAGAGAGAGAGAUUCUACUCGAGGAGCACGCUAGCCAGGGUCUUAAACACAUGCCUAGUGUGGCAAGUGAAUACCAGGCUCCUUCGAUCAAACGUGGUCCACUUGGUGAGCCGAUUCCCAACAUGGGACCUACCCGGGCUCAUGGUGGAGUUUUGACGGAACAGAAUCUGGAUCUCCUUCAUAAUGCCCUGGCAUUUGCAGCAAACGAAGCAAGCGUAAAAAUCCAAUUCGAACGGAAGUUCAGCACCAGUGAGCGCUCUCAAGCACAAGAAAGUGUCUCGCAGGCGUCGCAUACAGGUGAAUCACAACCGGGGCUAGUAUCGGAUGACAGCCAAGUUGUUGACAUGACCGCAUAUGAGGAUCCCUAUGAUGAUCAUACAUUCGAAGACGAUGAUCCAUACUACGACGAUGCGAUUGUCGCGGCAGCGAACGCAGAGGCACUCGAGAAUGAUGACGAGGGAUUUUACGGCCAGGAGUUUGGCUUCUACGCACAAGCACACGGCACCUCCGAGUUGACAAAUGGGGGCUACUUUGGCCCACGAGGAGUCGAAGGCAUCUCACGCAGCUUCAGCAGCCGGGGCAAGUUCCAAGAACCCAGUCUGACCCCUAUCACGGAACGAAGUGAAUGGAGCACACGCAACUCGGUCAUAUCGCUGAAAGCGCACGGGACUUCCCACUCAAACGCAUCUCUAGCAAGUCCUGGACUAGCACAACUGGCCGACAUGGGUAACCUGGAUGAUGAAAUGACAUUGAGUGCCUUGAUGAAGCUGCGUCGGGGAGCAUGGGGCGGAAGUAAUGGCAGCCUGCGGAGUAGCGCCGGCAGUCCGCCUCCACAUACUCUGCCUUCCUCCAACCGUGCUAGUUUCGCGGAAGCUAGUCCGAUUGAUGCGCGGCCCUCUGCCGAAGAAGCGAUUGCCGGAUUCAAUUCACCUUAUCCUCCUGAUGAGAGUCAUACUUAUACCGCUUCACCGCUCAGGGGGGCGGAUCUGGACCAGCAUGGGCAUACCGCCGAUCUCCCGUCAAGCGGAACGGGCGGCCCAGGUUGCGCGAAUAAUGAUGGUGAAGUGCCGAUGACCGGACCGCCACGCCUCAAUCUUUUGUAA